CACGCGUGCGGAUGCGGGUGUCCCCGGAGACGGGAAGCGUCCAUCGCACGGCGGCGAUGGAGGUAAAUUGUUUAACACUGAAAGACCUGAUCAGCCCCAGGCAGGCCAGACUAGAGUUUGCUGUUGAAGAUGCAGAAAAUGCACAAAAGGAAAAUAUAUUUGUUGACCGAUCAAGGAUGACUCCCAAGACUCCAAUGAAAAAUGAACCGAUUGACCUGUCAAAGCAAAGAAUCUUUACUCCAGAAAGAAACCCUAUUACUCCAGUAAAGCUGGUUGACAGGCAGCAGCAGGUGGAGCCAUGGACACCCACAGCCAACCUGAAGAUGCUUAUCAGCGCAGCCAGCCCAGACAUAAGAGACCGAGAGAAGAAAAAGGAGCUGUUCAGGCCCAUUGAGAAUAAAGAGGAUGUAUUUGUGAACUCCCUACAGCUUGAAGUUGUUGGUAACAGUGCUGUGGACGACUACGAAAAGCAAAGGCCAAGCAGGAAACAGAAAAGUUUAGGGCUGCUGUGCCAGAAGUUUCUGGCUCGCUAUCCAAGUUAUCCCUUGUCAACUGAGAAAACCACCAUUUCCCUAGAUGAAGUCGCCGUCAGUCUUGGUGUGGAAAGGAGGCGCAUUUACGACAUCGUAAAUGUGCUGGAGUCCCUGCAUCUGGUCAGCCGGGUGGCUAAGAAUCAGUAUGGCUGGCAUGGUCGGCACAGCCUGCCCAAAACCCUGAGGACACUACAGCGGCUGGGAGAGGAACAGAAAUACGAAGAGCAGAUGGCCUGCCUCCAGCAGAAGGAAUUGGACUUGGUGGAGUAUAGGCUUGGAGAACGAAGGAAAGAUGGGUCUCCAGAUCCCCAGGAUCAACACCUACUUGAUUUUUCUGAGUCUGACUACCCCUCUUCGUCUGCAAACAGUCGAAAAGAUAAAUCUCUAAGAAUUAUGAGCCAAAAGUUUGUCAUGCUGUUCCUUGUCUCCAAAACCAAGAUCGUUACCCUGGAUGUGGCCGCCAAAAUCCUCAUAGAAGAAAGCCAAGACACCCCAGACCACAGUAAAUUCAAAACAAAGGUACGACGGCUCUACGACAUAGCCAAUGUUCUGACCAGCUUGGCUCUGAUAAAGAAAGUGCACGUUACGGAAGAGCGAGGCCGCAAACCAGCCUUCAAGUGGAUCGGGCCCGUGGACUUCAGCUCCAUUGACGAAGAACUAUUGGAUGUCUCUGCAUCUGUCUUACCGGAAUUGAAGAAAGAAACAUAUGGCCAGAUUCGAGUGUGUGCGAAACAGAGGCUGGCGCGCUACGGUUCCUUUAACACAGUUCAGACGUCUGAGAAGAUACAGAGGAAAGUGAGCUCAGAACCCAGCAGCCCCCAGGGAGGAAAACAAGGGUCAGCGUAUUCCCUAGAAAUUGGAAGUCUGGCAGCCAUCUACAGACAGAAAGUAGAAGAUAAUUCACAGGGGGGAGCCUUCUCCAGUAAGAGAGUGGUGCCUCCAGCAAGCGGCUUGGACCCUGCCCUCCCCGUUGACUCUGAAUACUGUGUGAAGCCUGUAGCCCACCCAGUGUUCUCUGUUGCUCAAACAGACGUGCAGGCCUUCACCACACAGAAUGGUCUAAAUGGACAAGUAGGUGUCCCCCUUCCUGCUGCAGCCUCCGACACAGAGGGCUUAAAGCCAGCUCUGCUUGCCAGCCAGCCCCUGGUAUACGUGCCCUCCACCUCUCUGUUCAUGCUGUGCGGGAGCCUGCAGGAGGGACUGUCCCCAGAGUCGAGGUCAGAGGAGGAUGGCGGUGGCUCAGAAGUCCCAGCUGACCUGUCACUGACACCCUCCUCUCAGAAGCGCCUGUGUGAGGAGAGGGAUCCUCAGGAGGAGGAUGAGCCUGCCAUGAAAAGACAAAGUCAGGAGUUUGAAGACAGCCCCUUAUCUCUAGUCAUGCCCAAGAAACCCUCAAAUCCCGCAGACCUCACCUGCCCUGUGACCACGGGGAAUGGGAGAGGUACACCCCCGGAAGACGCCUGUGCGAAGGGUCAGCUGCCUGCAGCAGAAGUGUCAGGAAAGGCUGCUGCAAACUGCUUCGUUGCUUCUGACUGUGUAAACCCUUCAAGAAACCCAGACACUGAAAAGCCUUCGAAUGAAAACGAGAUCACCAAAGACCCGUCCCUGCUGCAGUACCUGUAUGUGCAGUCUCCGGCAGGGUUAAAUGGUUUCAACAUGCUCCUACCUGGCGGGCAAACCCCCCACACUAUGGGGCCGUCCUCGGGUCAGCUGCCGUCCUUCGGUGUCCCCUGCAUGUUCGUACCGUCUCCAGGCUUGGGCCCCUUUCCAGUUCUCUAUUCUCCAGCAAUUCCCGGGCCCAUCUCUUCAGCUCCCGGCACUCUGCCGAACCCGGGACCCAUGAAUUUUGGCUUGUCCACCCUGGGAUCUACAGCUCAUGUUCUCAUCGGCCCCGCAGCCAUGGUCAGCCCGAAGUCGUCCACCCUCCCUGCUGCAGACCCUCAGCUUCACUGUCAGCCCUCACUAAACAUGAGUCCGGUGGUGCCAGGCUCGCACGGCAUCAUCCACCCCGAGUCCCCCAGCUACAUGAGACAUCCGGUAUCGAUGGUAAAAGUAGAGCAGUCGCCUGCACCAGUGACUCCUGAGAGCAUCCAACGGAGACAUCGGGAGACAUUUUUCAAGACCCCUGGCAGCCUUGGAGACCCUGUCUUUAGGAGAAGAGAAAGGAACCAAUCCCGAAAUUCUAGCUCAGCCCAGAGGAGACUAGAAAUCUCUAGCAGCGGUCCUGACUAA